UUCAAUCCAGCGCGGAAAUCUGCAGCAGGAAGACCGCCAGGGGAGCAGGCGGAGGAUGCGGGUGUAUUUCUGCGGGAGUAUCCGCGGCGGCAGAGAUGACGUGCACGUGUACCGGAGGAUCGUUCAGACGCUGCAGAGCUACGGGACCGUGCUGACCGAGCACGUGAGCAGCACCGAGCUCACCGACAGAGGAGAGGACGCCGCCGCAGCCGGAGACCGAGCCAUCCACGACCGAGACCUGGACUGGCUGCGACAGUCUGACGUGGUCGUGGCGGAGGUGACGCAGCCGUCUCUGGGCGUCGGCUACGAGCUCGGCCGAGCGGUCAGCAUGAAGAAGAAGAUCCUCUGUCUGUUCAGACCGGCGUCCGGACGCAAUCUCUCCGCCAUGAUUCGAGGAGCUGAUGACGGCGACCUCUUCGUGGUUAAAGAUUACAGCGAGGACGAGGUGGAGAACGUUCUGCAGGAGUUCUUCAACGACCUGAAGAGAACCUGAAAAACACUGUUUGUUUUUGUUUUUUUACAAAAUGAAUAAAGUUGGAAAGCAGAA